UGGGAGGCGGCUGGCCUGACGACCCAGGACAUGAAAGCAUUCGUGUGGGAGCUCGGCAAACUCGGUUUCUGCUGGCAGUUCAUUACGCUCGCGGGUCUGCACUCGAACGCGUACAUCAAUGACCUCUUCGCCAAAGCAUUCUCGCAGGAGGGUAUGAAGGCCUACGUCGAGCUCAUUCAGCGACGUGAACGUGAGAUCGGCUGCGAUGUCCUGACUCACCAAAAGUGGAGCGGCGCGGACUACAUGGACAACCUCAUGAAGACAGUGACGGGCGGUGUCUCGUCUACGGCGGCCAUGGGCAAGGGUGUCACAGAAUCGCAGUUCGGUGCCAAGCUCUAG